UGCAUUCAUUCAUUAAUUCUCAAGAACAGUAUGCAAAUGACCAAAAUUCCAGUAUUUUCAAGUUAAGGAAUAGUUGUAAGCAAAAUACUUUUUAAAAAGGGAAAGACUAAAUUGGAAUCUACACUUCGUUCCAGGGUACACCAAGAUGAAUUGAAGACAAGCUUACUUGCAGUGGUGGAGGGAGCUUCCCUUACCUGUCGCUGAAGUAUGCUAAGUACUUUUUGUUUAACUGUUGAUUCAAGUUAGUUUCUUUGGAGUGCUUGCACAAAAUGGAAAAUACUCCUACAAAGGCUUGACUAUUUUGAGUAGGAAGCACAGUUGUCAACUCGUGUCACCUAGGGGGAAUGAAAACCUUUCUUUCUCCCACCCCAGCCCAGCCUUCGUUUCUGGGGGGAAGCGGAGCACAGUAACUGGACCUUAAGCUGGGUUUCGGAGAGAAUCUGCACGUUCUAAGGACCUGGGCUCCUCAAAACGAUCCCCGAAGCUUCAGAUUUCUGUUUUCUCCUAGAAAUAGCCUGAGAAGAACCAUGUUUUUUGGUGUGAGGCAGGGAAGAGGACCUCUAAGGAUAGCUAGUAGGACCACAGAUUUAGAGCAGGAAGGGACCUUGAAAGCCACCUAUGAGAAUUCCACCUCCACCUUUUUUUUUUUUAACAUGAAGAAACUGAAGUUGAAUAAGACUUCUGGGACCUCCUUUCAAGUGUCCGAAGUAGGAUUUGAACCUAGACUACGGGACUCGAAGUCAUGGGCUCAGCUGCUCAACGGAGAAAGUGGAAAAGUAUCUUCGAUUCUCCCAAAGGACGGCCGGCCUCUUUCGGCUUUCAAAUCCAACGGUUCCGAUGAGAAAAGCGUGCAACAAGGGGCAGGAGUCAUUCUAAGUCCAGGGCUAUUAAUGACUAGCAAGCAGCAGCAGCAGCUUUCAGUUGCUGAUUUCAGAACACGCUGCCUCCUCUCGCCUUUCCCCAAGUUUAAGAAACUUGAGCACGUAAACACUUUUUAUGUCUCGACCCCCUUAUCCUCUUUCUCCCCUCUCCUCAGUCCCCUAACCAGAGGGCGGCUUAGCCACAGCUCCCUCCCCUCCCCCGGCGUGUGGCGGCCAAUCGGAAAGCUGCGCACGUGACGAGCUCUGCCUGCGAUGACCUCAUCCCUGGUGUGGGAUGACGUCAAAUUCAAGAUGGAUGGAAUCACAGCGGCGGCGGCGCCCGCGAGCUAAGCGUCAGCGACCUGGGCCUGUGGUCCGACUCCGAGCUAAGGGUCGGGAUAUGAUUUUCCCCCUGAAGACUUCUUUUGCUGCAUCCCAGAAAUUUUGGAACAGCAUUCUGUGGUUCCAUGCCUUCUGCAAAUUCACACCCCUGCCUCAUCAGAUACAGGUCAAGAUGGCGGCAUAGAGGCAGCAAACAUUCAGACCUCUGAAAACCCUUCCUUGCCGAUUGCAAACUAAAGGCUCCUAGGGGACUGAAAAUCAAACCUAACAACAAGACAGAGCCAAGGAACCCUCCUGCUGAACUCAAUUUAAAAGAUAAAUCCAAACAAUGGAGGGACUUCUGCAUUAUAUAAAUCCAGCACAUGCCAUUUCUCUUCUAAGCGCUCUAAAUGAAGAGCGUCUCAAAGGACAGCUCUGUGAUGUUCUUCUAAUAGUGGGAGACCAAAAAUUUCGAGCUCACAAAAACGUCUUGGCUGCCAGCAGUGAAUAUUUUCAGACUUUAUUCACAAAUAAAGAAAAUGAGUCCCAAACAGUAUUUCAACUUGACUUCUGUGAACCAGAUGCUUUUGAUAAUGUAUUAAAUUAUAUUUACUCUUCAUCUUUAUUUGUAGAGAAAAGCAGCCUUGCUGCUGUGCAAGAACUUGGCUACAGUCUUGGUAUUUCUUUCCUUACUAACAUUGUUUCCAAGACUCCGCAACUCUCCUUUCCAACAUGUCCCAAUAAGAAAAAAAUAUGUCAAGAAGCAGAUGAAAGUAGCUCUCAAAAAAGAAGUGUUAUUGUUUGUCAGAGCAGAAAUGAAGCCCAGGGAAAGAAUGCUAGUCAGAUUCAGCAUGACCUAAGCCAUACUUCAAAGGCUUCCCCUAGCAUUGCCAUCAAGACUAAUACGAGUCGACCACAAGUCACAAAACCAGUUGAACCACUUCACAGUUUGUCAUUAAAUGAAGGAAGGUGGGCAAAAGAAAUGUCACUGGCUUAUAGCAACCUUAUUGAGCCUUCUGGAUCUUUGGAUGAUCAGUGCAGAAGUAGUUUGGGAAAAAGAAAUACCCUGUUGCCUUUGAAACCCCUACAAGACAGAGACACUUCGAAUGAUAAACCAGGAGUAAGUAGUCAGCCCUCAGGAGAGAAGGUGGUAGAAAUGUCUUUGAAAAAACCCCAGCCAUCCGUUUUGUCUCUCUGUAGCUCGUCAGAGGCGCCCUAUCUGUUACAAGAAACCGGCAAAGGAAGCAGUCAGGGGAAAGAUAGAAACUUACUGUACUACUCCAAACUGGGACUGGUGAUCCCGUCCAGUGGAGCCGGGCCUAGAAACCAAAGUGUCGAUGGAAGCGGGCCACUCGUGAAGAGUCUUCUCCGACGAUCGCUCUCGGUGGAUAGUCAGGUUCCCGUGUAUUCUUCAGUGAGUCUGAAAACCCCCCCAGCAUCCUCCUCAGCAGCAGGUGAUGCACCGGAGGAUACAUGCAGUGCCGCCUCUCAGACGGCGUCUUCGAAAGAGCCGACCGAAAAAACAGUGCUAGUUCAUCCGACACAGGUCAUCCACCCGCAUCGCCUUAGGUCCUUCAGUGCCUCUCAGUCUUUGGAAAGGGAGCUUGCCUCGCCCGUUACAGAGGUCCGAAUCAAAACGGAGCCCAGCAGUCCACUCUCGGACCCUUCUGAAAUAAUCAGGGUCACUAUAGGAGAUGCAGCAGCCGCAGCGAACAAGAACUUCUCUUUGAAGCUAGAGGACGAUCCAAGUAGACUCAUCGCCAAAAGGAGAUUUCAAGCUGAGCGGAGGCUCCCCUUGAAGAAGCUGAAGGGCAACGAGCAGGGUUCCCUCGGCUCCGAGGAGACGUUCGAGGAGAGCUCGAGUCCUCGCCUCGACGGCGACUUCCCGGAUUCAGAUCUUGGCAAGGAGGAGUAUAGCGAGUUGGAAGAAACGAGACCAAAUAGGAAAUUUAAAUGCAAGCAUUGCCUUAAAAUUUUCAGAUCUACGGCAGGACUUCAUCGCCAUGUUAAUAUGUAUCAUAAUCCAGAAAAACCUUAUGCUUGUGAUAUUUGUCACAAACGAUUUCACACCAACUUCAAAGUCUGGACACACUGUCAAACGCAACACGGAAUCGUCAAGAAUCCGUCACCAGCUUCCAGUUCACAUGCGAUCUUGGAUGAGAAAUUCCAAAGAAAGCUGAUUGACAUAGUGAGAGAGAGAGAAAUUAAAAAGGCCCUGAUCAUUAAAUUAAGGCGUGGCAAGGCAGGUUUUCAAGGGCAGACCGGUACACAAGCACAGCAAGUCAUCAAGAGGAACUUCCGAUCCAGAGCCAAAGGAGCGUACAUCUGUACUUACUGUGGCAAAGCGUACCGUUUCCUUUCUCAGUUUAAACAGCACAUAAAGAUGCACCCAGGAGAAAAACCACUCGGAGGAAAUAAAAUUGCCAAACAAAAAGAACAAGUUCUGCACGAAAGUCCAUUAGAAAAGGAGGCUUAUCAGUGCCAUCUCUGCAGCGCUAAGCUCGCCUCUCUUUUAGAACAAGGAAAUCACGAAAGAUUAUGCAGAAAUGCCACAGUUUGCCCUUAUUGCAGCCUUAGGUUCUUCUCCUCAGACCUGAAACAUGAACAUGAAAGUAAAUGUGAAUAUAAAAAACUGACUUGUCUUGAAUGUAUGCGCACCUUUAAAUCUUCUUUUAGUAUUUGGCGCCAUCAGGUUGAAGUGCAUAAUCAAAAUACUAUGGCUCCCACAGAAAAUUUUUCUCUUCCUAUUCUCGACCACAAUGGUGAGGUAACUAGUACUUCAAAACUACAGGCUCAAUCUGAGUCUAAUAAAGUCAACCAUUUUGUUAGUGCAAAAGAAGAUGGAGUAUUCAGUGAUUCCUCAGAACAAAUAAACUUUGAUUCGGAAGACUCCUCGUGUCUCCCAGAAGACCUGAGUGUUUCUAAACAACUUAAAAUUCAGAUCAAGGAAGAACCCAUCGGCGAUACUCAAAAUGAUGCUUCUGGAACUCAUUUGGUUCCAAAAGAGACCGUGUGUAAUAAAGACACUGGUGUGUGGCCCUGCGAAAAGUGUGGGAAAAUGUUUACUGUGCAUAAGCAGUUAGAGCGUCACCAGGAGCUCCUGUGCUCUGUGAAACCAUUCAUUUGUCACGUGUGCAACAAAGCUUUUCGCACUAACUUUCGUCUCUGGAGCCAUUUCCAGUCUCACAUGUCCCAGACCACAGAAGAAUCGGUCCGUAAAGAGCCCGAGUCAUGCCGACCAGCUCACUCUCCAUCACCACCACCCCUGCCUCCACCAUUGCCCAAAAUUCAGCCUUUAGAGCCUGAUAGCCCGACUGGUUUAUCCGAGAGUCCAUCCACUACUGAGAAACUCUUUGUUCCCCAAGAAUCAGACACACUCUUUUAUCAUGCCCCACCCCUUUCAGCAAUCACGUUUAAAAGGCAAUACAUGUGUAAGCUUUGUCAUAGGACAUUCAAGACUGCAUUUAGUCUUUGGAGUCAUGAACAAACACACAAUUAAGAAAUUCAUUUGUUAAGAAAUUGGAAACUUUUUCCAGAAUAUUUAAGAAGUCCAACCUAAAAAUUCAAAAAGUGCUCAGAGACGAAAAUGGAAGAAAAAUAAAGGUUGGAAUUUCUUGGAUUUAAGAUGAAUUAAACUAACUGAUAUUAGAAGAUAGAAUCCUCAAUAGACUUCAGAAAAACAAAGUAUUAUGGUCUGGGAUCCUAUCGCGUAAUAAUUUAAAUGUAUUCGCAUUGGAAUUUUAUCAUCAUUAUUGUAUGUAUAGUUCUUCAUUCCAUGGUGUCACUAUAAUUUUCAAAUCUUGGCUGCUAACAGUGAGUUGGAAUUAACGGAAUACUAUAACUGACUUCUUGUUUUGAUUAUCCUGAACUCAUAUAUUCUGUUGAAACUCCAUUAAAUACUUGUCACAUUCUUAAAUACUUGUCACGUUCUUGAAGUUCAGUUUAUAGGGAAAUGAUUGAAGAUUUUGCUGUAUCGACAUAGGUUUUAGAAUCCUUUAGCAAUAAUACGUAGAAACCUCAUUAGAAAAGCCAUGAGUUAUCCUGACAUUUAGUAGAAAGAUUUUUAUAUCUUAUGGUCAUGUGGUGGAAUUGUUUCAUGAUGUGUGUAAAAUUCUGAUGAAGCAAAGUUCAACAGCAGUAAUAGUAGUGCUUGAGUUGAUAUGAAUGAAGCGUAUAAACGACCAGUCACUUAGUACCAUUAUUUUUAUUAACAGUGGUCAGAUGUUUGGGAAACUAAGUUGUAAUCUUUAUAGGAGGAUUUAAAAGUCAGUUUACAAUAGCUUCAGUAAUUGUAAUAAAACAGUACUCCAUAGUUUAUAAUAGAAAUAUAGCACUCGAAUACAAAGAGUGUUUGAAUGGAUUUUCAAAGUUCUGUAUUUCUUAUAGUUUAUACUAUUUAUGUUUCUCAAGAUGGAAUGUAUUAGGACUUGAACUCCCACAAAGUUAAGAUAAAAAGAACACCAUUCAUGUGACACUAAUUUUUCAUUAUAAUACUAGUCAUACUUUUGAACAAAAAGUUGGAAGAGAUAUGCACAUAGAUAUCAAGUACCCUGAAGCAGGUAGACUAUGUUUUACAGUAACAUCAUAUGUGUUAUAGUUCAAAGGAGAGGGAAAGCACCAAACUCUACAUUUUUCUACAAUGGUAUAUCUAUAUGUAUGUAUUUUUUUUUCUGUCCACUUUGUGUGUGUGUCUCUGAUUUCUGUUAAAAUUUGUCCUUUGUUUUGUUUUGUCAAAAGUAUGAAAUCCUUCUUUGGCUACCACAACCCAGCUGGGAAAGUUAACAUCAGUAAUAAUUCCUUACACGUUUGUUAAAAAUGAGGGCAAAGGCCAAAAUUAAUUUUUGUCAGGGUGUGAAGUUUCUAAAACUGUUUUAAUAAGUUAUGCCUUUUAGUAGAUGACCAGAAUACAAUGGUGCAUAUUAAGUGAAAAAUUCAGUUUCGUAUCUUUUAAUGGUAAUUAGAUUAAUAUAAUUUCUAAAUCAUUUCUAAAUUAAGGUAGGGUGGAAUAAAAUGAAAGUAUUGAAUUCUUGUAAAGAUAAUAUGAAUUAAAUUACAGAGUUUUAAAAAGAAUAUUCUUUUUGGUAGGUAGGGGAAAGAAGCUCCCUUGACUAGAAAAGGAUUUACUAUUGCUCUAGUAGAGCAAGAUUAUGCUACUCCUAUCUUAACCGUAUUUACUCAUAUUCCAGAUCAAUGGAAAGAAGAUAUUACUCUUGCAAUUUUUAAAAUUAUAAUACAUGGAAGCAUCUUUUUAUGAAAAAAUGUAAGAAUUGGUACACUUCUUGUAUGAAAUUUUGUCUUUUACUCCUCUAUGAAAAUCUACUCCAAGUCAUUUUUAAAAAAUUCUAAAACAAUAUUCAUAAUUAUAUCCUGUUUUAGCUUCUAAUUUUUUUAACUUAAGAAAGCUAACUAUUGCCAUAUUUACAUGUACUUAAGAGAGGGAACUUAUGCUGCGGAAAGCUAAAAUUGGGAAAUAUAGUAUUUUUUUAUUCCAGAGAUUUUGGUGUUUAUUAGUAUGUCAUCAUCUAUAAUAUGGUACAACUUAAAUCUUGAAUACUUGGGAACGAUUACAUAUUUUUUUGGUCAAAAAGAUAUCAUUUAGAAGUUAUUAUUACCUGUAUAAUUAUUAAUCGGAUUAAUUUCAUCUGGAAUAAUUCAGUAAUGAAGUAUCUUUUUAACUAUAGGAUUAUAUAUCACAAGUUUAAGUAUUAUGCUCUGUUUUUGAACAUUUUUAACUAUUACUUUUAAAAAUCAGUUACAAUUUUUUAAAAAAUCUAAAUAUAGUCUUCAGUAUGUUGUUAAAGUAAAAUUUUUAAUUUUGAAGGUUUUUGUCUUGUGUUUUAAAAUUAAUGUUCUUAUCCAAUGAAAGAACACAAGAUCUCCAAAUAAAGUUUUGUAUCUGAAAUAUUUACAUGGCAAUUAUAUUGGUUUUUCUGUUUUGUUUUAUUUUCAUGUAGAAUCCUAAAAUCAUUUGGAUGUGAAAAUGUUUACUUGUUGAAUAAGAAAUGAAAUAUGCUUCCAUUCAUGUGACCUUAGUAAAUUUCCAUGCAUAAAGUAACAGAAAUGUUAGUUUAUUUUAUUUCCUAAUGAGCUUUUAAGAAGUUUUAAUCAAUGUCAACAUCUCCACAGCAAGAGGCAAAUUGAUAAUUAACAAUAAAUUAUUUUUAUUUUUGCAACCCCUUGUUGAGAUACUAAAGAUUCAUGAGGUGAAGAGGGCUUGAGUAGGGUCUUUUUGCAUUGUAGUUACUUAUUUAGAAAAUUCAUAUUAUCCUUUGUAAAUAUUCAAGUUGUCUACUUUUUUCAGAAAUGGAUUUAUGGGAACGUCGCAAAAAUGUUUUAAUGUAUAUUUUGUUAAUGUGAGAAUUAAGGUCUUGAGUAACCAUUUUCUUACAUUAAAAAAAAAUAAGAUAAAGACAUUUUUACCAAUCAUUCAAAAUAAGCAAUGAAAAUAAUUAUAUUUAUAUAUUUAAAAGUAGGGGACAUGAACUUUAAUAUUAAUUGAUGUUUUUAAAAUUAGUUUUUAUACAUUUACAAUGAAUAACAUUUUCAGCUGUAUUGAACUAUAUAAAGGACAACAGUUAUUUUAGCUGUGUUUUUGUGAGAAAAAUAGAUAAUUUUGUCUUUAGACAUUACAUGUGGGGAAACAAUGCAUAGCACGAUUUCCCAUUUCAGAAACACAAUUGUAGACUUUGCUCCCAAAUGUACCAUAACUUAAGGAAUAUUGUGAUUUUGCAUGCAACUUUGGUGCUGAGUGAUUUAUGUGAAACAAGAGUUAAAGGUAGCCAUUAGUUGAGAAUUGACUUGGGGAAGAGGAAUGUAGUAUAACUAAAUUAUUCUGAACAUAAGCUGCCAUUCAUCUUUCUACUAAAUGUAACCAUUUGGUUUAUUCAGCAGAGUUAGCGUGUAUCACUGGCACUGCUACUCGCGAGAGUAUAAUUAUUUGCAUCACUUAGAUUUUUCUCCCCAAAAGGACUUCUCAGUAAUGCAAAUCGGAUUCUUUACUUUUCAUUCUAUUAAUGAUCAGCUUUUCGUGUCUUGCAGACACAUAUUUCUAAAAGGCAAAGGAUGCCAUGGAAUUGGAUCGUUUAAAAAUUACAGUCAUAUUUAUUUGAAUACUAAAUAUUGUUAAGCCUGAAGAAAGUUUUUAAAAAUAGAUUUUUUCUUCUUACUCUUUUUCGAUUUGUUAUUUGAAGCACUUGUUUGGUUUUCUCGAAAUUUAAUAUACCAUUUUAGUGCUUGUGUUUAUUUUUUGUGGCCUGUGUUAUUGGGGUAUUUCUACCCCAAAGAGGGGGGAAGACAAAUAAUGGGUUUUGAAAUAAGGAAGAUAUUCUUAUCAGAUUUUGUAAAACUUUUAAAAACACAAGACUGAAUUGAGGAAAUUCCUUACCAAUAACGUAAUUCAGAAAUACCUAGUCCUACUUCUUGGUGUGUAGAGAAGGAUUUUCAGCAAGCUGUUCUAACACAGAUGCCCUGGUUUUCAAGUGGCAAUGCUUUUCCCUCUUCGCAUUAACCUCUUGGAGCUGCUUCUAAAUUCUGAUUAAAAUGGCUGCGAAGGGAAGAAAAAAGCACUGUUUUAUAAUUCUGCAUAUUUUGUAGUUAUAUAUACAGUAAAUCAUUGUGGAAUUUUGUUUAAGAAUAAAUAAGGUUUUUUUAAUUUCUAACUAAAA